AUGGACGAUGCUGUGUUUGGGCUUUAUGUAGAUAAGCUCAGCAACACUGCUAAAUUGUUUAAGACACCUGGAAAGAAUAUCCGCGCUAUUGAUGAAUCGAUUAGCACCGUCAAACUGCCCUGUUGGGAAGAUAACGUGGAUCUCAGGCGUGCCUAUCGGGAGCUACUUUUGACCACUCCUGGAGCUCUCUCCUCACUUAUUGGAGUCGUUCUUUCGGAGGAAGCUCUCCAUCAGAAGACCGCGGAUGGCAAACCUUUCACGGAUGUCCUUAAGGAAAAUGAAGUACUUGUUGGCAUCAUGACUAGGGGCAACCCGGUCGCUUGGCGUGGUCCUGAUGGCCACACUCAGAAAUUCCAGCAACACCGCGAAGCCGGGGCUCACUUUGCCGUGUGGGAUGAUGGGCCUGUCAUCGAUGCAAGUGAGCCAUCUGAGACUACUAUCCGCAAGCAGGCAGAGGAACUGGCGUCGUUCGCUACUUACUGCCAGAGGGGCGGUCUCGUUCCCAUUGUGUAUCCAAAGCUGUCGUUUGAUAAAACCCCCAGCACUGGCAAGUUUGCUGAUUCGACCAAGAGUGUUCUCGCCGCUUGCUUGAAGGCCCUAAAUGAUCGCAAUGUGCACCUCGAGGGAAUCCUGUUGAUGCUUGGGAUAGCCCCCCAGGCUGAUCCGCGGGACAUUGCUCGAGACACCCUCAAUGUCCUGCGGAAAACUGUGCCUCCUGCCAUUCCGGUCAUCGUGUUCUUGUCCAGUGGACAGAGUGAGAACGAGGCUGUCAUUACCAUGAACAAUCUCAAGGUCAGCAAGGUCAGCAAGCCAUGGAGCCUCUCCUCCUUUUUUGGUCCGCCACCACAACAGAGAACCUUGAAGGCCAGGGCUCGAAACAGCAGCCCGCAUUCCCUACAAGACACGAGACGAGCUCAGAAGCGACCUCGGGACCUAACAAGGGCGACCUUCAACCUGGUGAGGGCACUUGCAAGUCUCCUUAUCACAAGGACUACAAGCACUGAAUGUGUGGAUCUUGGCUUUGCGUCCCUGACAUCUGUGACUGCUUAG